AUGUCAAAUUUUCCACAUAAUCGUAAACGAACUCUUUACGUCGGCGGAAUUUCGGAAGAAUGUACCGAAAAAGUGCUAAUGGCAGCAUUUAUUCCAUUCGGAGAUGUUGUCGCUAUUUCGAUUCCAAUGGAUUAUGAAAAUGGAAAACAUCGAGGUUUCGGAUUUGUUGAAUUCGAUUUGCCUGAAGAUGCGGCUGCUGCUAUUGAUAAUAUGAAUGAUAGUGAAUUGUUUGGAAGAACUAUUAGGUUUGUUCGAAAAUUGAAGUUUUCGUGUGAAAAAUUCGAAUUUUCCAAAUUCACGUUUCAAGUAGAGAAAAACAAUGAAAAUAUCAUUUGUUUUUUCAGAGUAAAUUUCGCUCGUCCACCAAAAGCCACUGAAAGAUCACAAAAACCAGUUUGGGCCGACGAUGAAUGGUUGAAAAGAUAUGGAAAAGGAGGUGGAGGCGCAGACAACGAAAAUGGUGAAAAUGAAAAUGGUGCAGAAAUUGGUGAGGAUGGAGAGCAAAGAAGUGCACCACCAAAAUUGCCACGUGUCUAUUUGGGUGUGAAGAUUGGUAUUCGAUAUAUUGGUCGGAUUAUUAUUGAAUUGCGGCCUGAUGUUACGCCAAAAACUGCUGAAAAUUUUCGAUGUUUGUGUACUGGAGAACGAGGAUUUGGAUAUGAAGGUAUGCGAUUUUGGGACGUGUGAAAAUUGGGAAAAAUUUGCAAACAAUUUUUUGAGCCCACGAUUUUUUGAAAUUUUGAUUUAUUUUCAGAUUUUGAUUAUUGAGAUUUUUUAUUUAAAAAAUUUGAAAACGUGAACCUUUUUCUCUCUAAUUUUUCAUUUCUAGGUUCCACAUUCCAUCGAAUCAUCCCAAAAUUUAUGCUCCAAGGUGGUGAUUUCACAAAAGGCGAUGGAACAGGCGGAAAAUCGAUUUAUGGCACAAAAUUCGAAGAUGAAAAUUUUAUUCUGCGCCACACAAUGCCUGGAACUGUUUCAAUGGCUAAUUGUGGAGCAAACACAAAUGGAUCGCAAUUUUUCAUUUGCACUGAAAAAACGGAUUGGUUGGAUGGAAAACAUGUUGUAUUUGGGCAUGUUAUUGAAGGAAUGAAUAUUGUAAGACAAAUUGAACAGCAGGUUUGUAUUUUCAUUUUUAAAUGAUGAAAUGCACAAAAAAUAUUCUGAAUUUUCCAGGGAACCCCAUCCGGAAAACCACAAAUGGUCGUGAAAAUUGUCGAAAGUGGAGAAAUCGAGCCGGAAAAACGAAUUGCGGCACAACGAAAAGCGGCCGCCGCAGCCGAAAAUGCAACAAAAAUCGAUAAUGCAGAAAAUCUUCCCAAAAUACCGUCUGAUGCCUAA